UGCAACGAAUAAGGUAGCCGUCACGUUUCCUGUUUGUAACCGAAAACGUCUAAAGACGAUAAAAAUAGCACGACUCUGGAGCACUUCUUGUUGAACAUGCUCACGUACAGGUGAAAGGUUUUAUCAGACAAGGAUUUAUCGGACAUUUGACCCUAAAAAAGCAGGAUGACGCCAGAUGUAAAUGGAUGCAUGUCUGCAUAUGUGGCUAUUUGUCUGACAUCUAUUGCACUGCUGAUAUCUGUGUCUAUAAAUGUUGCAUUCUAUUUAUUAAGAAGAAAGGAAAAAAACUCAGCAGCUAAUGAAAACAUGUUUGAAUAUGGAGAAGAGCCAUUACGUCGAGAUUCACUUCAGUCUUACAGGUUUGAAGAUGACGAGAUGGAAAGACAGGAAAAUCCUAUUUAUGGGAAUAUCUGUAUAGAUGGAGGAGGAGCUUUCGAAAUGUCUCCGGAGGUGUGCUAUGAACAAAUGGCACAGGCAAGCACAGUAAAGCAGGGAUUAAAGGUCCAGCAGGGGGAUGUGUCCUACGCCUCUCUGGAUCUGACUGUCAAUAAGAAGCGUAAGAAAAAGAGAAAAUAUCAAAAACAGGCUCAGGCUCACCAAGCCCAGACGCAUCCUCAACCCGCAUCCCAGCAGAAUUACAUGGACCAUGAUAACGAGGCGGAUGUCACCCUCCCGUCCCGGAGCAGCAGCCUCAUGGUUUCACGUCACAGUAUCUACCUCAACAGUCAUCAAGUAGCCCUGGAGGCAGAAGAGAGGGAGAGAGAAAAAAUGAUGGAAAUGGAAAGAAAUGAAAAUGGAGAAAGGGAGUUUGAGAUGCACGAAGGCUUUGAUCACUCCCUCGGUAGAUCAAGACAAAGUCUAAAACAGGACAGUUAACAUUGUUAGAGUUAAAAGAAGUCUUUAGCAUCUUAAGAGAUUAAACACAGGAAACUGUGGGGUGGUGCUGUCAACAGUAUUUAAAGCACAUGGUUCACACUCCAAAUUAUAAUCUUUUCUCUGUGCAAAAGCCAUCAGAAGAGACCAGCUAUCCGCUCUGAAAUUGCGACCAAUUGAGACACAUUUAAAUAAGUUUACCACUUUAAAUGUGCUUUCUUGUUUCUUGCCUUUAAAGGGAUACCCCACUUUUUUUGGAAAUAGGCUCAUUUUACCACUCCCUCAAAGUUAAACA